AUGGGUGAGGAAGAAGAAGAGGUUGUUGGUCGUGAUGAAUAUGAUUAUCUUCGGGAAGAAGAGGAAGGGGGGAAUGUUGUUGAGGGGGAAGUAGAAGCUUCAGCUGAAGAAUUUUUGGAUAGGUGGAAUAGAAUGAAAAAGAAGAAGAAAUGUGUGACUAGAAGAGGCAAUGUUGGGGAAGGUUCAUUUAUACUGAAUGAAGUUAGAGAUCAUGACAUGAAUGACCAAUACAAUAGUGAUGAAUUGGAUUCAAAUGUAGAUAGUGAUGAGGAUUUGAGGUUUUCAAAGGGGAAGUUUAAAAAGUAUAGAAAAGAUGAUAUGAACAAGAACUUUAGAUUUGAAUUGGGGAUGGAGUUCUGUUCUUUAAAGAAAUUUAAAAAUGCACUAUUGGAGCAUAGUGUAUUAAAUGGAAAAGAGGUUAAGUUUGUGAAGAAUGACCUCAACAGAGUAAGGGCAGUUUGUAAAAACAAAUGUGAUUUUCUGAUUAUGGCUAGCAAGGUAGGAGGCAAGCAAACAUUUAGGGUGAAAACCUUGGUUGGACGACACAGUUGUGGAAGGGUCUUUGGAAACAAAAGUGCAAAUGUGAACUGGAUUGCACAAGUAUUAGUAGAUAGGUUUGUAAAUGUGGCUAACAUGACAGUCAACCAAAUAAUUGAUGACAUUAAGAAGUCAUUCAGUGUUGGAAUAACUGCUUGGAAAGCUGGAAAGGCCAAGCAAAUUGCCUUGGAUUCUUUGGUUGGUGAUGGAGAGCGACAAUACGGUCGUCUAUAUGAUUAUGUGGGUGGAUUGGUAAGAGUGAAGGCUGGAACAUUUAAAAUUAAAGUCAAUCAACCCCAACCAAGUUUGCCUCCAAGAUUUGGCUCAUUCUAUAUGUGUUUAGAGGGUUGUAAGCAAGGCUUCUUAGGAAGUUGCAGGCCCUUCAUAGGGAUAGAUGGUUGUCAUCUGAAGACAACAUAUGGGGGUCAGUUGUUGGUGGCAGUGGGUAGAGACCCGAAUGACCAAUAUUUCCCACUAGCUUUUGCUGUGGUUGAAAAUGAAUGCAAAGAGAGUUGGAGAUGGUUUUUGACACUACUACUGGCUGAUAUUGGAGGCAUUGAUUGUCAACGUUGGGUUUUCAUCUCUGAUCAACAAAAGGGACUAAUGAUAGUUUUUGAUGAGAUCUUGGAAGGAGUGGAACAUAGAUUGUGCUUAAGGCACUUGUAUAACAAUUACAAGAAGAAGUUUGGUGGAGGAGUGCUUAUUAGUGAUCUUAUGAUGGGGGCUGCGAAGGCCACAUUUAAACAGGAAUGGGAAAAGAAAAUGGGAAUUCCUUGCAGGCAUGCUAUGGCUGCCAUCAAUUACAAACUAGAAAACCCUGAAGACUAUGUACAUCCUUAUUACAAGAGAGAGGCUUAUGAGACUUGUUAUGGCCCUGAAAUUAACACAAGGGCCACUUCAACUGUAGGAGGAUCUGGCAACACAAGAGCCACUUCCAGUGUAGGAGGUUCUCAACCAGAACCAGCUCCAUCAAGGUCACAAGGAGGAGCAACAUCAACAAGGGGAAGAACAAGUGGCAGUGGAGCAGGAGCUGCAUCAAGUGACCAAGGAGGAGGAACAUCAAAACGGGGAAGAAGAAGUGGCAGUAGAGCAGGACCUGCAUCAAGGCACCAAGGUGGAAGAAGAACAUCCUCACGACUAGCUGCACAACAUCUAGGGUCCCAAGCUAGUACCAAUUGA